UUGCCAUGGCAAGAAGCAAAAGUACUCCAGGCCUGGUGGAAAGCACUGGCCAAACUCCCUUAGACGCCAUGAUCAUCCAGAGACAUCACACACUUCCUGUGGGCCUUAUCCACAAAGAUGGAUCCAGUGUUGACAGAACCGCGCCCAGCCGUGAUGAUCAUUCAACAGCGGUUCUUUCAAAUACGCAAAGUGAAGACAACCUCAUUUCUCGUUGUGGCACUGAACAAAUUCGUAGACACUCCACAGAUUCCCAACAGCAAGUGGGCAACAUGACUAUCUCCAUGACCAUCUCCAGCAUGACAUCAUACUCCGAAACUCCACCUCAAAAGUCGCCAGUCUGCACGGAGAUUGGACGAAAUCCCUUCAGCACACCUUCACCCUCCAGUCCUAAAAUUACCGGGUACCAUAAAAAUAACCCCACAGCUGUGGUGUCUUCAGCUUCUCUUGCCAAUGGUCAUUCAUCACUGGGACAUUUAACACCACAUCAUGCUCCUCCUGUGAUAUCCCAAGCAGCCGCACAGUAUGGAUACCAAAACCUGGCCUACAUCAACCCAGGGCAGCCAAUCAACUUCCUGUCACCAUUCUGUCCACCCCACACGAGCUAUCCUGCAUCCCCCUCUCAUUUCCCUGGAUCAUCACCUGCAUUCCAUCCCCCGGCAACACCCAGCUUACUGUUACCUCAUGUACCGCCUAACCCUACGCCUCUUGGAUCAGACGGUACAACUCCACAUCUUGGUCAGACUCCACUUCUCAGUUUUUCUCCAUCGCCA